AUGGCGGCUAGCGAUUCUGAAUUCAAUCCUGAUCUACUUCUCGCUCACAAGCUUCCCGAGACGCGUUACACCUACAACGAAAGAGAUGUAGCAAUCUAUGCUUUGGGAAUCGGCGCUUGUGGCCAAGAUGCUGUUGAUUCGGAUGAGCUGAAGUAUGUAUAUCACAAAAAUGGACAGGAGUUUAUCCAGGUUCUACCAACUUUUGCUUCACUAUUGUCACUUGGAUCUCUGACAGAAGGACUGGAAUUGCCAGGUUUUAAAUAUGAUCCUAGUCUUCUGUUGCAUGGACAGCAGUACAUAGAAGUAUACAAGCCAUUACCUUCCAAGGCAUCUUUAAUUAACAAAGUUAGCCUAGCUGGAUUGCAGGAUAAAGGUAAAGCAGCUAUUCUUGAAAUUGAAACCAGAAGUUACGAGAAAGGUUCAGGGGAACUGUUAUGCAUGAAUAGGACGACUGUAUUUUUACGAGGAGCUGGUGGUUUCUCAAAUUCAUCUCAACCAUUUUCUUACAAAAAUUAUCCAAGUAGCCAGGGCUUAGCUGCAUUGCUUUAUAGGCUCUCUGGUGACUAUAAUCCUCUGCAUUCAGAUCCAAACGUUGCCAAAUUUGCCGGAUUCCCGCGCCCAAUAUUGCAUGGACUUUGCACGCUUGGGUUUGCAAUUAAGGCAGUCAUCAAGUGUGUUUGCAAGGGUGACCCAUCUGCUGUGAAAACAAUAUCUGGACGAUUCCUCACUACUGUUUUUCCUGGCGAAACUCUCGUAACUGAGAUGUGGCUUCAAGGCUUGAGGGUUAUAUAUCAGACGAAAGUGAAGGAAAGGAACAAAGCCGUGUUAUCUGGUUAUGUUGAUAUUCGCGGUUUAUCUUCGUCACUCUAA